AUGGCCCCUUCUGUCUCCCUCGACCACACCACACCGGCAGUCGUGCCCGAGUCCAACGAGACCCCUGCUGCCUUCGUGCCUGCCAAUGACCUCUUCUCUUUGGCCGGUCGCACAGUCAUGAUCACCGGAGGCGGUCGUGGUCUGGGUAUGUGCUUGACCACUGCUGUCCUUGAAGCUGGUGGUGACGUUGCCUGUCUUGAUUUGCUCCCCGAACCCAGCGAAGAGGAGUGGAACGCCGUGCAGAAGAUGGCCAAACAGCGUGGCCUUCAAGCAACAUACACCCAGUGCGAUAUCACCAAUGAGGAGGACACUAAGAAAGUAUUGGAAGACAUUGCGGCCGAGGCACUGCGUCGGAACAAGCCCUUGCGUGGUGCCAUUACUUGUGCCGGCAUUCAACAGAUGGUCCCCGCUCUUGAUUACCCUAUCGAUGGAUACCGGAAGAUGCUGGAUGUCAAUGUUCUUGGAACAUUUAUUCCUGCCAAGCACUGUGCGCGCAUCUUCGUGGAGCAAAAGACCCCAGGCAGCAUUGUGAUGAUCGCGUCUAUGUCUGGUCAGAUUGCCAACCGGGGAUUGACCUGCACCGCAUACAACUCCUCCAAGGCCGCCGUGCACCAGAUGUGUCGAUCGGUUGCCCAAGAAUGGGGCCAGCACAACAUUCGCGUCAACACGCUUUCCGCAGGAUACAUUCGCACUGCCAUGACCGACGCUUUGCUUCAGGAGAAGCCGGAUUUGGAGGAGACUUGGAUGCGUGGUGCACUUCUCGGCCGUCUUGGCGCCCCCGAGGACUUCAAGGGGCCUACUCUAUACAUGCUCACCGACGCUAGCGCUUGGAUGACCGGUGCUGAUCUCCGAGUCGACGGUGGUCACUGUGCGUCGGCAUAA